AAUAAUGUAGCAAUGCAAAAUAAAUUUUUCCUUUUCGUGAAAUUAUUAACUGUUUGCCUGUGUCAUGAUGGCCGUCGUAAUAACGUUUGUUAAUAUGAUAAUUUAGGUAGGUUAUAGAUUUAUUAUACAUUUGUCUAAUUGAAAUAAUGAGAUACAAAGCAGAGGGUGCAGAGUGGGAUGUUAACUGGCUGCAGUGAUUGGCUGCUGGCUCUGUGUGUGUGCAGCGUAGUAAAUGCGGCGCUUGAUGACACACCGCCCUCUUCUCUCCUGCAGCUAGCGGCCGUAUGUAGCGGGACAUUAUUCCCUCCCUCCGAGUUGUCCCACAGAACAUGUGCAUUCCCUCUAUAGGCUCUUGAAAUCGUCGUUGUCGUACGUCUAUGUGAUUCCCAAUUGUGCUCAUGAGCCUGCUAGGUGGCUACAAGAAAAAGAGCAGUUACGAUGGCUACGAAUCUUUGCAGCUGGUCGAUAGCAGCGGAGACUUCUGCACCGGGGGACGAAGCGGCGGCGGUUUGACGGCAGGGACCCUCGGCAGCGUUAAAACAGGCCCCGCGCCGCAGGACGACUACAGCACCAUGGACAGCUCAGGGGCUCCGUCUUCAGAUAUGGAUGGAAACAUUGGAGGGGGACUUCUGGAUAUGGUUAAAGGAGGUGCUGGAAAGUUCUUCAGCAACAUCAAGGACAACCUGAAAGACACCAUCAAAGACACUUCUACCAAGGUUAUGAACCAAGUGGCCACGUAUACAAAAGGAGAGUUGGACAUUGCCUACAUCACCUCACGUAUUAUUGUGAUGUCAUAUCCUGCUGAGGCGGUGGAGAUGGGCUACAGGAACCACACAGAGGAUAUCCGUUCCUUUCUGGACUCACGGCAUGCCGACCAUUACACAGUUUUCAACCUGUCACAGAGGAACUAUCGGGGGGCCAAGUUCUCCAACAGAGUUUCUGAAUGCAAUUGGCCUUCCAAACAGGCCCCAAGUCUUCACAACCUAUUUGCUGUGUGUAAGAAUAUGUACAACUGGCUCAAGCAAAACCCCAAGAAUGUGUGUGUGAUCACCUGUUCGGAUGGCAGAGCUUUUUCAGGCGUGCUGGUCUGUGCCAUGUUCUGUUUCUGCCACCUUUUCGCCAACCCAGUGCCAGCCAUGCAGCUUCUCAGCGCCAAGAGGCCUGGAUCUGGCCUGUGGCCCUCCCAUAGGAGGUACAUAGGUUAUGUGUGCAGUUUAGUCUCAGAGAAGCCAACCAUACCACACUCCAAACCACUCGUCAUUAAAUCCGUCACUAUGAGUCCUGUUCCUUGCUUCAACAAACAGCGCAGUGGCUGUCGGCCCUUUUGUGACGUACUUAUUGGCGAGACCAAGAUAUUUUCUACAGCUCAGGAGUACGAGAAAAUGAGGGAACACAGGGUUCAAGAGGGCAAAGUGGUGUUUCCUGUGAGUGUGAGUGCCCAAGGAGACGUGGUGAUUUCAGUCUAUCACAUGCGUUCCCAUGCACUGCAGGCCAAGGUAACAAACACCCAGAUAUUCCAGAUUCAAUUCCAUACUGGUUUCAUCGCCCCUGGCACCACAGUCUUAAAGUUUGUGAAGACAGAGCUGGAUGCCUGUGAUUCUCCAGAGAAAUACCCACAGCUGUUUCAUGUGCUGUUAGACAUUGAGGUUGAAAGUACGGAGAAACAGAAAGAUCUCACGCCGCCGUGGGAGCAGUUCCCCACCAAAGACCUGAGCCCCAACGUGCUUUUCUCUUGUCAUCAGGAAUACCAGGAUGCACUUGCUAUUGCAGAUCCUGCCCAGGGACAUGGGAGUUGCGGAGGCAGAGUGGGCCCAAAUGAGGAGAGCGAACCAUCAGAUGAUGAAAUGCUCUCCCUUUCUAGUCAGCAGAGCAACACGAGCAAUGAGAAAUCAAAAGCAGCUAAGAAACCAGACCCCCAGCCUGCAGCGGCCCCUCCUUCUGCAGCUGAGGAAGUAGAUCUGCUGGGUCUGGAUGGUGAUGCUGCUACGCUUCCUCCAUCCUCGCCACAACCUCCGACCACAGACCUGCUGGGGGACCUGUUUGGAGCUCCUCCCACACCACAGCCGGCCAGUGGCCCCGCCUCUGCUCAGUCCACCCCGCGGAGAUCCGCAGCCUCCUCCUCACCCUGUCCAUCACCUCGAUCUGGAGACACUUUUGACCCAUUUGGGUCUGGACCUGCUCCCUCCCCUAAGCCGCAGGACUUCAUGGGAGCUUUCCUGGGUCCAGGUAAUAUGGGGCAGCCAGACCCCUUCCUGCAUGCUGCACGAUCUCCGUCUCCUACAAUGCAGAACAUGGGCAUGGGUCGCAGUUCACCUGUGCCGCCCACUACUCCCACUGUCAAAAUCCAACAGCAGAGCUCUACAGGAGCCUGGGAGUGGAACAAACCAGCAGCUGCAGGUGCAGGUUUUGGGAUGGGAAGUAAGUCUGCCAGCACUAGCCCAACCAGCUCAGUUCAUGGUACUCCCACCCACCAGGCCAAAUCCAACACUUUGGACCCGUUUGCUGAUCUGGGUAACCUAGGAGCCGGUCUGGGAGGAGCUGGUUCGGGAUUCUCCAGCAAGCCCACCACCCCUACUGGUACCGGAGGAGCGUUUCCACCCAUGGGCUCCCCCCAGCGUCCUGCUCCCUCUCCCCAGCACACUGCCUCUGGAGGCUGGCAUCCCAGCACAGGUUUCCCCUCAUGGCAGCCUGGAGGUGGGGCUCAGUGGCAGCCGCAGGCCCAGGGUCCACAGCACCAGACCCCACCUAAAGCACCAGGACCCUCUAUGCCUCACACUUCACCACAGAACAGACCCAACUACAGUGUCAGCUUCUCCAGCAUGGGUGGAGCUUCACCAGGAGCCACUGGGGCAAAAACACAGCCUAACAUGGGAACCAGACAAAAGGUUUCGGACACUAACUUUGAUGACCUACUCUCAGGCCAGGGUUUUGCCGGCGCUAAGGAGAAGAAGGGGCCAAAAACCAUAGCAGAAAUGAGAAAAGAGGAGAUGGCAAAAGGAAUGGACCCAGAGAAACUCAAGAUCCUGGACUGGAUUGAGGGGAAGGAGAGGAACAUCAGAGCGUUGCUGUCCACCAUGCACACGGUGCUUUGGGAGGGAGAGACACGCUGGAAACCUGUAGGCAUGGCUGACCUUGUCACACCAGAGCAGGUGAAGAAGGUCUACCGCAAAGCUGUGCUGGUAGUGCACCCUGACAAGGCUACUGGACAGCCCUACGAACAAUAUGCCAAGAUGAUUUUUAUUGAACUAAAUGAUGCCUGGUCAGAAUUUGAAAGCCAAGGACAGAAAGCACUGUACUAAGACUUGUUGUAAAUGAUCACCAACAGUCAGCAGUUCCUGCCCCGAUUAGACACCCUGCAACACACCAGUCUUUGAAACGCUCCUUUGUUAAUCUCUCCCACCUCCAGGACCCUGCUUCAUAGAGAUGUCAGAGCUUACAUCUACAGUAUAGUUGUGUGUAUCUCUCUAUCGAUCCAUGUAUCAGGUCCCAUCAUGCCCUAAACCAACAUAACUGCUGUAUGAGAAAAGUAGCAUUCAGCUUUGUUUUACAAACUCUUAUUUGUAUCUUUUCCAGGACUCACUUACAGUACAUAACAAAGAUCAGACUUUGUCGUUAAACAGCUGUGAAAUAUCUCUAUGAACAUUGUCUGUCAACAAGACCAUCAUAGAGUGUCUGGUAGAAUUCAUUCAGGAGCUUUCAGGGGAGUUUUGAUUUAUUAAAGAGGUUGAGUGCUGAGGACGAACAUCUUCAACAAAUGAAAAAAUAUGUCUAGACACUUAAGAAUUCUGCUUUGGCUUGCAAAAUUGUAUUAAAUAACUCAUUCAAACACCUUCAUUGGCUAUUAUUUAAUAGGGUUUUGCAUGCUACAGCAGUAUUUGGGAAUCUAUUUCUUCCAUUGUAUUGCCUGUAUCCUACGUACCUGCUCACAGUCACUCAUAUGUGUGCGGGGUAUUUAUUUAUUUGUUGGCUUUGCAAGACAAUAAUGAAAUGAGUGAAAAUAAAAGUGGUAUAGUAAGCUACGACUCUGUUUUUUAGUUCAGUCAGGGGCUAGAGUUUUAGAAAGAUAGACGAAUGAAAGAACACUCCAACAAAACCCCCCCAAAAAAUUCUCGUAUCAUGUAACUCGUAACUUCUUUCAGAAGAUAAACAACACAGUACUGUGGGGCAGAAGCACAAUAAGUAUAAGAGAAUAAGAGACUGUGCAGGAAAUGGGCGGUUUUCUCAUACUUGAUCUGUAAAAUGCAGUAGAUCUAACUAGCAGUUUAUUCUUAUGUUGUUUUCUACUGAAUAUUGAUCUGUAUGUAUAUAUGAUGCACUAUAAUAACAUACUGUUUACAACAUAAAAAGUCAAAGGAAAUUGUUUAUUCAUGUAAUUAUUCUAUAAAAAAAAAAAAAGAAACGUUUUGCAGGUAACAAAAGGUGACAUGGCUUGUUUUGAGGUGAAAGUUAAGGUUGUAUUUACAUACACAAUUUAUGUUAACUUGACGUCUUUAAUGGGUUAAUAGUGCCCUUAAGAACUAGUCACGCUUUCGUAGGAGAUAUCACACAGAACGUGUUUUUGCUACGCAAGACACAGCCAGUGGAAUGUGGAAAAAUGCAAGAUCUUGAGACAACUUUUUAAAAAGCUUAACUUAUUUUAACUUGAGUGCCGCAUUUUUAGAAUGCUAUAAUACACAAAACACAAGAUUCUGAGCGCAACUGUCAAACAAGUCCAUCUAGCGUGCAUUUACAUAGAAAAACAAUAAAAAAAGUAGCGCAUUGGAAGGGAAAAACACAUUCUGUGUGAAGGCUCCUACUUUUUUGAAGAAGGCUACUAGCCUAAACGGUUAUCAGGACUACUUAAAUUUGAUCAAAGUUUUGCCUAGCAUACAAUUCUAACACAUUCAUGCUUGCUACUGAAAAACAAAGCCUUUUGACUGAGGAAUGUGAUCGAUGGGUAGUGUUCAAAUCCUGUUGUUUCAUUACCAUAGGUGUCUUUUAAACCGACUGAACAUAUCAUUCGGAGUGGACCAUUAAUAUUUUGACAUAUGAAAUCACCAUUACGCAACAUCAGUGGAUACACAGCUUUUUUAGCAUGUAUCGGUAUCCUCAUAAUGUACUGCAUGUAUGACUUUAAGUGGCACAUGGUCCAAAGGAAGUUUCCGUGUAAAGCCACUAAUCUGCCCUUUCUCUUCUCAGUAUAUUUGCACUUGAAUGGCAUUAGGUAAAUCCAGAACACACUUGUGUCGUAACUUGCAGUACAUCUCGUUCAUGCUUUGCCUUCCUCUUUUCGCAAUCAUGCGGUGAUAUACUGAAGCUUUAAAUGUAUCAAAGCAGUCUUCUCUACUAUCUCUUACGUUUUGCCGGUAUCUUCCCUUUGACACAAUGCAACGCUAAAAACUUGAAUGCUAAUCAUGGAUAAAGACAAACAGAUUAGUGAGACCUGAGUAAAAGAAAGGAGCCCUGUAUCCAGGAUGGAACUUUUCCACCUCCCCCCUUUUGUGGACUGAGCCGUUUAUCUUCAAUCUUAGGAUAUCAUAAUAUGUUUGGAUGCUAACCUAUACAGUAGUGAAUGUUUGGUGUUCAAUAAUGCUGUUCUCUGUAAGGAAAUGGUAAGGUUUGGAUACAGCUCUGUGUUUGUUUGCUGUAUCAGUAUUAUUGUGACAUGAAUUUUUUUCUGUGUCUUUUUUUCUGUUUCUGUUCUCCAUAUGGAGCUGUACAUAUGAUAAUGUGCACUGCACAAAUAAAUGGGAAACAUGA